AUGAUAAAAAUAACGUGUUUGUUGAUUGGGAAUUAUAGAAGUAAGCGUAAAAUAUGGCAACAAAACCCAACAGGUACCGGGCCUAUUUUAUGUGGUCGCAAUUUGCUAGAUAAUAUCCGUCUUGAUUGGUCAAGCAUUCGACGCCUGGGGAAGGUGAAUUUCGAGGAUGUGUUGAAAAAGUAUGAUCAUUUGUUUAAUGAAGAAUUGGGCAUGCUGCAUGGUAUCAAAGCAAAGAUACGUCUCAAACCAAUGCCAAAACCUACGUUCUAUCGAGCUCAUAGUGUGCCGUAUUCAAUGCAGAGUAAAAUUGAAAAGGAACUAGAGAGGUUAGAAAGGGAAGGGGCAAUAGAAGCGGUGCAAUAUUCAGAGUGGACAACCCCGGUAGUACCCAUUAUCAAGCCAGAUGGGACAAAUUGACCGUAAAUCAAGCUUCUCGCCUAGAUGCAUAUCCGAUACCCAGGAUAGAGGAAAUCCAUAAUAAAUUAGCAGGUGGGAAAACAUUCACCGAACUUGAUCAGAGCCACGCAUAUGAGCCAAUGGUACUCGACGAGGACUCGAAAGAAUGUGUUACGAUUAAUACUCAUCGUGGUUUGUACAGAUAUAACCGUCUACCUUAUGGAGUCUCUUCCGCACCAGGUAUUUUCCAGAAAACAAUAGAAGGCUUACUGAAUGGCAUUCCCUUUACAGGAGCUCUCCUCGACAACAUUCUGAUCUCUGGUGCAACAGAUGACGAGCAUUUACGGAACCUCGAGGAAGUGAUGAAACGGCUAUCCGAAGCCGGCUUACGUUAA